CCAAGACAGCGUACUGGAGAGAGCUGCCAAAAACAUCCGCUGGAGAGGAUGGCUAGCUAAAGAAGUUAUCCAAAAAUAUAGUAGUACGCCAACAAGUCUUUGCUGUUCUAAGCAAUAUAUAGGUAUUUCCUGGCCGUCUUUUCAGCAAUUCAUAUGUAACACAUGAAAGAGGAUCCAUGUCUUUUCUUCGCUGGGUAUCCGAGAAAUUGAGUGUGGAGAGCCUGCGAGAUUUGGAGUUAUUUGGAGAGCAAGCUCAGGGACUCUCUCACAGGAAAGCCCAUGAGGACAGCCAGGAGAGUCUGACCUCCCUCCCACGGCAGGACACCAUGGGUAGCUUCCUCCCUGACAGCAGCUCCUAUGAGCUGCUCACUGUUAUAGGUCGGGGCUUGGACGACUUGAUGACAGUGAACUUGGCUCGAUAUAGACCCACUGGGGAGCACGUAGCCAUCCGACGGAUUGACUUGGAGUCAUGCACUAAUGACAUGGUUACCUACCUGCAGGGUGAACUACAUGUUUCAAAGUUGUUUCACCACCCCAGUAUUUUACCCUACAAGAGCGUCUUUAUAGCUGAAAAUGAGCUGUGGGUCAUCACCCCGUUCAUGGCUUAUGGGUCAGCCAGGGAUCUGAUCUGCACACAUUUCACAGAUGGUAUGAGUGAGCUGACCAUCGCAUACAUUUUGCUGGGCAUGCUCAAAGCUCUAGAAUACAUCCACCACAUGGGAUAUGUGCACAGGAGUGUGAAGGCCAGCCAUGUGUUGAUCUCAGCAGACGGACAGGUCUGCAUGUCAGGUCUGCGGAGCAUCUUCAGUCUGAUCCGUCAUGGCCAGAGGGCCAGAGUUGUUCACGACUUUCCCCAGUACAGCGUCAAGGUGCUGCCCUGGCUCAGCCCUGAGGUGCUGCAGCAGAACCUGCAGGGCUACGACUCUCGGUCAGACAUCUACAGCCUCGGCAUCACAGCCUGUGAACUGGCCAAUGGACAUGUACCCUUCAAAGACAUGCCAGCUACACAGAUGCUGCUGGAGAAGCUAAAUGGGACUGUGCCGUGUUUGCUGGACACCACCACCAUCCCUCCAGAGGAGCUGUCGCUGAAACCGUCUCGCUCUGGUGCCGACUCCGGGAUCUGCGAGGGUCCAGGAGCCGGAGGUGUUCGGCACUCCAACGGAGAGCCCUCCUCUUCAUCAGCGGGACACCCCUACAACCGGACGUUCUCCCCACUCUUCCACGCCUUUGUCGAGCUGUGUCUACAGCGAGACCCAGAAAAGAGGCCGUCUGCCACCACUCUCAUAGGCCAUCCCUUCUUUAAACAGAUCAAACGCCGGCCCUCGGAGGCGCUGCCUGAGCUGUUGCGGCCCGUGUCACCUAUCACCAGCUACGAAAGCUCCCAGCCGCAGGACUCUCCCUCUGGACUGGCCAGUCUGGAGUCGGGUCUCAGCCACCUGGAAGUGGACGACUGGGACUUCUGACAGUGGAGGACUUGGUGGGGAGACACUUGUCGGAGUCUCAUGGGAAACUCUCUGAGCAUUAAGGACGAGAUUUGUUUUUGUAACUGUCCCCUUGUAAAUAAUUCACAUCUCAAACUAAAAAGAGUUGCUGUUCUCAGACAGAGGUUAAAAGCCAGCAGCCAUCUUGCCUCUUUCUGAUGUCUCUCACACGCUUUUGUUCUCUAGAUAUGCACAGACUCUUGCACUGCACUGAUGGCCUCUCUCUCUAUGUCACACACUCACACCUGUUUACAGAUUGUAUUCACAUGACGAGCCCCCUGGAAACACAACAGAGCUCCUCUGUCCUCGUGCUGAGGUUUCAGAGGUGGGUCUGUGGAUCUGGAUGUAGCCUAAACCUAAAGAUUCUCAUGAAAUGAAUCAGUGGGAAGCUGCUACUAAAUAUUCACAGGGGACACUCUACCUCUUGUUUGAACAUGGCCGCUUGAUGUGGUCCAUCUGCUCAGUGAGACCACCGUAAGCGUGCACACCUCACAGCUCACUCGGCCCUCUCUACACCAGAUGGGAGGUUUCAACUUAUGUCCCGAGGGUCAACUUAAUGAACAGCAUGUAUUCACGUUUCUUAGCUCUCUGCCUGUGUUAUGGAGUAAACUACACCUCAUGCUUUACACAUCACUUUUGUUGCAGAGGUUAAGCAUUAACAUCUGUUUAGUUUAACCCUCAGAGCUUAGAAGUGUAUUUCCUUGAACUUACUAGGGUGUGAUGUUACUUAUGUCAAACGUGAAUGUUACAUUGGUGCUUGUUUUGUCUGCUUGUACAUUUGAAAGUGAGGGCAAAGCAAAGUGUUGCAAAUGUCAAACUUGACUUUUAACAAUAAACAUUGUUCACUUUGAUGUUUUAACUUGAUGG